AUGUCCACCUCUGCUCCAGCCACUCGGCAACUGGCGCGUCGGGCGCGCCUCCUGCCUCGUCCCGGCGCCGACCUCGUCGGCCCCGCGCACCCCGUCUCCAACAUCCGGCCCCUGCUGCUCGUCGGCUCCGCAUUCGCGCCCGCCGAGAGCUCCUCUGCAUCUGCGCCCUCUGCGCCAUCUCAGCGCAGCCCAGGCGCAGGCGGCGCAGCUCAUCCGUACUCGCUGCACGAGUUCAACGCCGCCAGCACUUCCGCCUCCUCCUCCUUCUCGCCCGCCCUCCUCUCCCUGCCCCCGCGCUCCCGCUUCUCCGCGCCACUCGUCCCUCGUCGUGCGCACUCGGCCUAUUUCCAACGUCUUCUGGCGCGCCUCGAGGCCGCCGAGCUCGUGCAUCGUCUGGCGCGCGCGCGUGCCGAGGCGCUCACGCAGCGCUUCUGGGCCGACAACAAUCUGCGCUUUGGCGAUGCGCUGCGCGCCUUCGAGGAGGGCCUCGUGCUCGCCAAUGCCGUCGCGGGCGCUGGCGCUGCGCCCGCACCGCCUGCCUCUACCUCCUCGUCCGAGCAAGUCGAUGCGCACAAGGCAGCCACGAAGCCCGCCGCGCCGGCGCAGGAUGAUCUGCUGGCGCCGUUCUACGAGUCGUGGCUGGAGGCAAACAAGACGCGGCAUCGAGCGUACAACGCCUUGUUGUGGCAGAGCACAUUGGGAAAUUUGAUUCCGGCGGCUAGAUACGAGGUGCUCCGGACUUGGGCCGGGAUCGUUAGGAGGGUCGAAGGCUGGAGGGGAUGUGCAUAG